AGAGGAUUAAACGGAUAUUAUCGGGUUGAUAGACAUCAGCGGCAUUGAUGUGUUGUGCUCUAGCUUGCUGCUGUAGCCUAAUGGCACAAUCUGUUACGUCAUUAACGUUAGCUACACGUUGUAGCAAGCUAGAUAACGAUACAACAGACCCAUUCAAAGUGGCUAGCUAGCUACUGAGCAUGAUUCUUGAGUCACUCAACCCCUCCUUGCUAAGGUACCAUGCCCAUUGGCAAAAACUGUAGUUCCAAGACUUUAGACAUCUUCUGAUAAACCGAAAUAUGUAGUGACUGUAAACAAAACUGAUGAUACUGUAACGAUCCUGGGUUUAUAAACGCGGAAAUUGACUCAGCCGCACGAGCAUGCUUUUGCGGUACAGGCGAUAGCGCGCCGGACCUCGGGCUAGAAGGUCCGAGGGUUCGAGACCUGCUCCCUGUCUGUUUCAUUACAAUACUAUAAUGACAGCAACAAUGCCACUUGUUAGCCUGAACUCAGGAGUAAAACUCUUGAACCUCUGAACCACAUCUUUCUAAACUAUUCGAGUGAUCAUGUUGAUGCUCAGUGCAUACUUGUCAAACUACUAGAGGAUAAUCAAGCACAAUACAAAAUGUCAGUAACGACACUUUUCCUCCAAUAUUGCACAACACUUUAGCCAAGACUUGAGAAGUUAGCUUGCUAAACCAAAACAAAUGCACUGAACUUCCGCAUUUGGAUUAAUCACUUUCACAACCACAAAGAUACUGUUGCGCAGAUCAUGAAGUGCGUUAAAGGCAUUGCUGCAUUUAAAGACACUUCCUUCCACCUGCUGGCUUGUGCCUGAAAUGUGAUGACCAAGGAGUCCUCAACAGCUCAUAAAGAAAGAUGGAUCGUAAUGAUGAGAGAAUCAAAAGAGCUUUAAGACGCCGCCCUUAUGUGUUGAAACCUGUGAGGGUGAACACCCCUGAUUCCAUGUUGUGGCCAACCGGCAAGGUGCACAGAAGGCCAAAGCCUUCUAAUUCAGUGCAGACCCCUCAGAUCCACAAAAGGCCUCCAAUCAUUGUGAGCUAUGGGCAGGACCAGACAUCUGGGGAUGGAUGGAGCAUCAAUCCAGAGCCUCUCAGCCAGUCUGGAAGGGUGACUCGGCUGAUAGAGAGAAAAUAUGAUGACGUGAUCUCAUCCUCCAGUUCUGAUGACUUUUCCAUCUACUCCUUCACUGACUGUGAAUCUGAGUGUGAUGAUGAGGAUCAUGAAAGGAGGACCCCAAAGCUGAAAGUUGAGAAUGGAAAGGUGACAAAGCUUGAUGUGAGGGAUAUGGACGAGGAUGAUCUGUCUCUCCACUCCUUCGAUGAGUCAGACUUCCUGAGCCCAGGGAAGGUCUCAGGUCCUGUAUCUGUCAAGAAUGGCCUCUCUCCUCUUGUGACCUCAGCACACCGGACCCUGGCUGAAGCCCUACGGGCCCUGCCCUCUGCUGUAGGCUCUCCCUACCCAGUAAAUGUUCCAAGGCCUCGGACUCCUCUCAACCCUGUCAUUAUCGCUCCGCCCCGAACAGAGAACUUCCCAUACCGCCACAGCCCUCGCCUGGCUCCCAUCACCAACCUGAGCGAGACCGGCAGGAAGCUGCUCCAGGAAAUGGCUGGAGUGGCCCCACAGGUUUCUUCAGUGGCUGCUGUCCAAACUGAGAUGUUCAAAGAAAUAAUGGCCAACUAUUACUUCUACCACACACACACACAGAUUUUGAGUAUUGGUUAUUCCUACAACACACACAAACGUAAUUUCAGAGACGGGAACUAUGAUUAGCAAAAUACAUAUAUUGGUCUCAUUCUUAUAUUUUGAGACAUGCAGCAUUAUUUAAAUAAAAAUGAUAUUGAUCCCCAUACAGCCUAUGAUAAUGAGUUGGAUUUACAUGCUUAGGCUUGGAAAUAUAGCCAGGAGAAGCAGGGUCAACACCUCUACUCAUGCCAUAAGUGCCAUGACAUCUUUAGUUACCACAGAGAGAUAAGACCUCUGUCUCCACAGUCUCAUCCAAAGGACAGCACCAACCUUAGGGCAGUGUCACUGGUAUUGGGGUCUUAGGUCUCCUUUGGCCAAAGUGAAGAGUUGAGGGCCCCUUACUGGUCUCCUUGCAAUAUCUGGUCUCCCACACAGAGAUGGAAAUCUACACCUGUUUAGACCUUGGAGGAAAUGGCUUCAGAUGAAAGACAGCAGAGAGAUGCAGAACGUAAAAGCUUCAAACACAUUGAUAUGCAAAUUCAGGACCAUUAUACACUGAAGUGGAGCAUGCAUCUGGUCUGAAGCAUGUCAAAAGAGUAGAAAUUAACUGGGACUGGAGGAAUACAUCACAUUUAAACUAAAUUAUCAUGUAUCUGAUUUAGCUACACUCAUCUG